AGUGUGACAUCACCGCAGGCUACAGGCUCAAACCGACACAACAGCGUCUCAGCCUCCGCGCAGUUAAUGUUGGGAACCGAAGGUGACUGUGCAACAUCGCUCAAACAGGUCUUCUGCAUAAGCUUCUAACACGAUUUCAAGCGCGAUUAUGGCGUCAAAUGAUUAUGCCCAAACCUCAAGCCAUGGUUACGGUGGUUAUGGAGGACAGUCCAACCAGAGUUACAGUCAACCCUCCGGCCAAAAUUACAGCCAGCAGAGUUAUGGAGGAUACAACCAAAACUCAGAGAGCAGCUCUGCUAAUAAUCAGGGUGGAUAUAGUUCCAGCUAUGGACAGUCCCAAUCAGGAGGAUAUGGGUCUCAGCCGCCCUCUCAGGGCUAUAAUCAGUCCAGUCAGUCAUACAGCUCUGGAGGCUACAGUAACAGCAGCCAGCCUCCUCCAGCUCAAAGUGGAGGCUACAACCAGCAAUCCUCUUAUUCGAACUAUAACCAGCAGCAGUCUGCUCCUCCAUCUGCCUCUAGCAGCUAUGGCAGCAGCUCGCAGUCAUCUGGCUACGGUCAGCAGCAGCAGCAGGGUGGGGGUCAGUCUGGAGGAUACGGGGGCAGUGGAGGACAGAGCAGUGGAUACGGGGGUAGCGGGGGGCAACACCAGUCCUCUCAGCAUGGAGGAGGGCCUUACAACCAAUCUCCCAACUACAGCUCUCCUCCAGCUCAAAACUAUGGGCAACAAAAUCAGUAUGGACAGGGAGGCUACAGCCAGGAUGCCCCGACAAUGAGUGGUGGUGGUGGUGGAGGAGGAGGCUAUGGUGGCCAGGAUGGUGGAUAUAGCCAGGAUGCUAGAGGUGGACGUGGGCGCGGAGGUGGAAGUGGCUUUGGAGGUCGAGGAGCGGGUGGGUUUGACAGAGGUGGUCGUGGAGGACCCCGUGGCAGAGGAGGAAUGGGAAUGGGUGACCGUGGAGGAUUCAAUAAGUUUGGUGGGCCCAGGGAUCAUGGAGCUGGUGGGCCCAAUAUGCAGGAGCAGGAUAACUCUGACAACAACACCAUCUUUGUUCAAGGUCUUGGAGACGACUAUACCGUGGAGUCAGUAGCAGAUUUCUUCAAACAGAUCGGCAUCAUCAAGAUCAAUAAGAAAACAGGAUUACCCAUGAUAAAUCUGUACACAGACCGAGAGACAGGGAAGCUUAAAGGGGAGGCUACUGUUUCCUUUGAUGACCCCCCUUCUGCAAAAGCAGCCAUUGAUUGGUUUGAUGGUAAGGAUUUUAAUGGAAAUCCUAUCAAGGUGUCCUUCGCUACUCGCAGAGCUGAAUUUGGACGCGGCGGUGGCAGCAUGAGAGGUGGUCGAGGAGGGCCAAUGGGCCGUGGGGGAUUUGGGGGUGGAAGAGGUGCUGGUGGUGGUUUCCCAGGCAACAAUGGUGGCGGUGGUGGUGGCGGUGGCCAGCAAAGAGCAGGAGACUGGAAAUGUUCAAACCCAACUUGUGGUAAUUUGAACUUCUCAUGGCGAAAUGAGUGUAAUCAGUGCAAAGCUCCCAAACCGGAGGGAAGUGGAGGAGGAAUGUCACCGAUGGGAGGUGGUUUUGGUGGAGACAGAGGCAGAGGUGGUUUUGAUCGAGGUGGUUUCCGCGGCCGUGGUGGCGAUCGAGGGGGCUUCAGUGGAGGGAGGGGAGGUGACCGGGGAGGAUUUGUGCCUGGCAAGAUGGACUCACGUGGUGAACACAGACAUGACCGCAGAGACCGGCCUUACUAAUGGGAGAAAUUCUCUUUUGUCCAAACAAGACUUUAAUUCGAUGUGGGACCAGUAUUCACUCCACUUCAACAUGUAUUACCCUGUUGCUCAUGGUUUGUGUUGUAUGUUGUCAAAAAUUAGUUUUUUUUUUUUUAGUUCUGCUAAUAUAAUUUUUUUGUAUUCUCUCUAUUCUGAUAUUGUUAAUCAUGAAUUUUGCGUUUUUCCUCUCUGAAUUUGCUGGUGUUUAGAUCACAGUUGUAAUAUUUGUGCAAUUUAUUAAAUGUACUUACUUUGAAAUUUU